CGGUAGGUAGGCAGGUGCGCGCCGCUGUCUGUCAUGUAGCCUUCGUCCCGUCGUUUCCGUCGCACACGUUUUCUGCCGCAUCCGUCGCAUCCUCGCGUCGAGGCCGUCAAUGAGACCGACAGCCGCUGGCCGCCGUUAUCGUUGUCGUUCUUCGCGCACCCUGAACAGGGUGAUUACGCGUGGGGUACGUGCGGGAGCAGUUUUAAACGUUAGUCGGUCGGCUGUUACGGAUCCCGCGGGUCCAGCCGCUGGACCAGCGAGAAUCAAGAGCCCUCCCGCGAGUUAUGAAAGCGAUCGCGCCCUUCGUUCUUCAGGUGAUUGCAUUGCAGCUGACGAGAUGCCAGAGCGGCGGUGGUGGCGGCGGCGGCGGCGGGCCGAGCACGUUCGGAUACGACGCUUCCUCGGCUUGCAGCAAACCGUACUCGCGCGCUGGACGCGCGCACCACGAGGAUUUACCCUGUGACUUUCGCCAACAGAACUGGUGCACGAUCGCCGGUAGCUCUUAUCCUUGGCAUGCGGUACGCCGAUUUGUGCAAGAGAAUCAGGGGUUGAUGAGACGCAUGUAUGGGGACGAGAAUUACAUCAGUGUUCUCCGAACGGAAUUCGAGAAGAACGAUAUCGAGCUAAAAUACGACGAGUAUUAUCAUCAUUUCGCCGACGAUCUGAGACAAUUCCAAUAUGACGAUGAUUACGAAUUUAUCGACGACGAUCGGGCAAAGGAUAACGAGUAUGAAGGUCGCGGAUUCACCAGUCGCUCCUUCAACGAUCCUAUCGCCAAGCGAAUGAAUAAGUUCUCGAAGCUCAGUGAGUACACCAGGCCGCAUUUCAGGCCCACCGAACGGACAACUAGUUCGACCACCCCUUCGAGUACGACGACUACUUCUUCAACUUCGUCUUCGACGUCGACCAGCGCCCCGACUCUCGUUACGCGUGCGUCGUCCUCAACGACGCCCGUGUCUACUUCUACCGUUACGAGCAUGGAGGAGGUCAAGACUCAAACCUCCGUAACGUCAACUUCUCCAAAGUUUUCGAACAUCACUACCAAGGUUGCUGAUAAUGAUUCCGUGGUGAAUAGCACGACAACUACGACGACGACGACAAUAUCGACAUCGACAUUGCCGAGCGUUACCGUAGCUCAGAUCGUCAAGGAACAAAAUUUCAGCAUUAACGAGAUUCCCGGGCAGAACGAUAGGAUCGAUGAGGAGUUGGAGGAACCAGAACCAGAAGUGGUAGCGUAUUCAGAGAAAACGACGAUCGAAGACACAACCUUGGAACCAGCUGGAACGACGAGGAGUGUCCCUACGGAAUCGCUGGUUGAUCAGGAAGAGGAGGAGGAGGAAGAAACGCUUGGCGCUGCUACAAAGACUACGGUACAUGAAGAACUAAUAAUCGCAGCGAGUCAUGAGCAACAGCAACAGUUCAGACCACGUCCUGAGUAUCGGCCUUCGGGCAUGGCUGAGACAUCGACAAAUACUGGAGGACAGCUUUAUCAAGAUGCAGCGAAGGAUCAGCAGGAGCAGCCGGUGCUGAAGCUUAGAGGAGUGAACGCCUGUCCCGUCAAGGAGGAAGUGGUAGCGCCGUUUUGGGCCAAUAAUACUCGCGGCGAGGUCUUGGCCCUCCUCAAUCUGUAUCCCUUCGAGCAAUAUGUCCAUUGGGAGAAGUGCACACACGAGAACAAGCAAAUGUAUUGCCGGGAUGGAUGCAGAUGCGAGCAGCAGUAUCGGCUGCAUCGGCUGUUGGCUUACGACCCCAACAACGAGUGCCGCGGCAUUUUCAGCGACUGGUUCAAGUUUCCCAGCUGUUGCGUCUGCCGUUGCUAUGAUCUGCCAUUGGAAUUUCGGGUGACGUCGCGUUCGCCGCGCACCUCGCACAAACGACGAAUCAAGGUGCAAUCGCCAACGCGGAACCGUUACCCGUGAUCCAAUUGUCUUCUGGCUGGCCGGCCGCCAAAUAAUACACGCGCGUAAGUUGAGGGCGACCCGCUAGAUAAGAUCCUCUACGCGAAAUUCUAACGAGUGCAGUACAAAUCAGUCUUUUAAUUAAAGAUCCUCUCUUUAUUUAAUUCAGAGAUUUUAGAUUUAUUGUUGAUGUUUGAUAUCUCUUUUAUACAUGUUCACAAAAAAAAACACAUUUUCUAUUUAAUAUGUUGAAAUUAUCUAUACAUAUAUAUAAAGUUACGUAGGCACAUAUUUAUAGUAGAAUAGACAUGCGUAUUUACAAAUAUUUAUAAAGUAUAUUAUGUAUAUUGUUGAAAUUAUUUAAUUUUUCUUGAUAAGUUAACAGAGUUGUUCGUAAACGAAAGAAUGUCCCUCCGAUGUUGCUUACUUUCCAAGGAAAGUGUGAUUAAAUUUGAUUAAUAAUUUGUGCUGUUCACAUAUGGGGAUGGCAGAUAAAAGAUUUUCUUUUAGAAAAUUUUCUUUGCCAUAUCAAACAAUUUGUAUAGAAUUUUGUCAGUCCAACAUAAUGUUAUUUUUAAUAAGUGAAAUGUACGAGAUAACAAACUAGGAUAAUUUGUUUCUAAAUUCUCGUUUAGAGAAAUGUAUACUACUUAAUAUACGUAUAACGGUUUAUAUAAAUUUAACGAUCCGUAUUUAAUUUUAUACUUGAUCGUGAUGGCGAUAUAAACUUAAACUCAUUAAAACAUCGUCGAUUUAAGUGGUAUAGGUUUUCUUGACAUUAUUACUACAUACUUAGGACAAUAACGAAUAGAGGAAUGCGUAAAUUAAAGGGGGACAAAUACCGGUGCUGCGGCGAUCCAAACGCCUAUUUAUUUAAAAUUUAAAACGCUGUAACUUUAUUUUUUCAAAUUUUGACUUGCAACUUGAGGAAAAUAUUCUUAAGAUAUCACACUAUAAGAAAAAGCAAAAAUUAAAAAAUCGAUUCUUUGACCUGCCUGGGUGUAUGCCCCCCUUUAAAAUAAUUUAAGAAAUAAUGAAAUUGUCACAUAUUUCUUACUAGUGUUACACUAAUCGAUAUAUUUUUUCGAGAGAUUUUAAGAGAUUAUGUAUAUGUAUUGCGCGUACCAGCAAAUAUAACUUCAUCAUACAAUAUCAUGCAAUAUAUACUGUUGUAAUAGGUGUUACAAGCAUUACGAUAUAUGUAUUUGAACAAAAAAAAAAAUAUAUAUAUAUAUAUUAUAUAUACUCGACAUAAUUGCAAACAGGUAAAGGCUCGUGAAUAAAAUAUACGCCAUUUUUAUAACUGCUAAUACUCUGUUUCUAUUUCCGUACUCAUUAUUUGCACCAGAUAUAUUCUCAAUAAUUCAGUCAGUUAAUGACUAACAGAAUUCGUCGGGUUCGCAACAAAAAAAAAUAACACAUUGUUUCAUUAUAUUCGACUUUAUUUUCCUCGCUCUCUUUACAUGUCUCCGACAAUAUUGUACGUUCUUACAAGGAAGAAGAUUCACAAACAGCAACGGUCCUUAAAACGUUAAU